UGCGCGUGCUCGGCGUGCUCGCCGCCAUCUGGUCGAAAUCUGCAGAGACAGGAGGUGCAUCGCGCAAGGAGACGGAAAGCUGUCCUGCAGAUGUACCCACGAAGAAGCUGGCCGCCUUCAAGUUGUGCUUCAUAGGGCAGGCAGACAGAUCCCCGGAAGCCAUCAGCAACACCCCCAGCCACAUGCAACAGCUUCUCGUUGCUCCUGGGAACUCGUUGGAGGCCGUGCGGCUCGUGGGGACUCUGGUGCACUCUGAAGCUGAGGAUGACAAAUUUCUCACUGCGCAUGACUCUUUUGCUUACAUGUUCACUCCGAGGGAGUUGCAGCGACCACAUAAGGUGGAUAGCGCAGCAUGCAUUCAUGUACAGCAUGCUGUACAAUUAUCCUCAUUUCGAGAAGCCGUAUGAGCUCAACCAGAGCCGGUUCAACAGCAAUCCUAUCAACCCGAUGUUGUACCAGAUGCAUGCCCAGCAGCGGUACUACGAAAUGGUGCUGGAGUAGUCGAGGCAGCAUGGCAUCGAGUACUCAGUGAUUGUAAGGGUCAGAGUAGACCACAUAUUCAAAUCCGGAUUUUGCCCUGUGGAACCCACGCUCCAUGGCAGCGAUUGUCCUCCCGCAGCCGGAGUGGGACUUUUUGGAUACGAUGCCGGCGUUCGGGGUUUACCAAAUAGAAGAGGGUGGGGGCCUCCGGAGUACAUGCAGUUUACAUGAGGCGGUGAAGCCAUUGGAGCUUGCGUAUGCACUCACCACAUGUGUGGCGUCCUGUUCAAGCGGGUUGAAGAUGACCAGGUGCAGUAUUUGGAGAUUCCGCACAACAAAAUGAAGCUCACCGAUCAUAUGA